AUGUUUAGUUGGCUUCGCGAUCAUCUCAAAUCUCCACAUCACAAGAGAAGAGGCUCUCGCGAGUCUCCACGUCCACAACAUAAAAGAAGGAAUUCUAGCCCGUCUUCACGUCCACAACCUGAAUAUGCUCCAUAUUCAUACGGUUCUUCAAAUCCGAUCGGUGGUCAUCAUCAUCAUCACGAUGGAGGAAGUGGUCAUCACCAACAUCACGAUGGAGGAGGCGGUCAUCACGGUGGUGAAGGAGGCGGUCAUCAUGGUGGUGGCAGCAGUUGUGGUGGUGGAGGCGGUUGUGGUGGUGGAGGUGGUUGUGGAGGAGGUAGUUAA